UUUCCGCAGACUGACACUCGCGCACGUUCCCACCGGUGCUGAGCGAGUAGUAGUAGCAGCACCAGGGGGGAUGGAGUAAAUGCAGGAAGAAAGUCAUGGAUCCCGCUGGAGAACAAACGAGCCAACCAGUCGACAUUUAUCGCGACACAUGGGUCCGCUACUUGGGCUAUGCCAACGAGGUCGGGGAGGCGUUUCGUGCUCUGGUGCCGGUGAGUUUGGUGUGGGGCAGCUACGCCGUGGCCACCGCGUACGUUACUGCCGAUGCUGUGGAUAAAGGGAAGAAAGCCGCGGCGGCCCAUGGAGACAACCCAGGGAGGACCACGCGGGUUGCGGCGGCCGUGGUUGACACCUUUGUGUGGCAGGCCCUCGCCUCUGUGAUGAUCCCGGGCUUCACCAUUAACCGCGUGUGCGCCGCCUCGCUCUAUGUGCUGGGCAGAACCACCAAAUGGCCUCUGCCUGUCCGUAAGUGGGCCACUACAGCUAUUGGGCUCUCCACAAUCCCCUUCAUCAUUACUCCCAUAGACAGGUCUGUGGAUUUCCUGUUGGAUUCGAGCCUUCGAAAGGUCUACGAUGGGGGGGAGAAGCACAAAUAAGGAAAGACUGGGGUUUUCUAUCUUUAACCUCUCAGGGCAAUCUAGGUAGCCUCACCAAAAAUGUCUAAAUACAAAUGUAACUGUAUAAAUAUGUCAGUGGACGUGUUGAAUCCCUCUUGUUAGUAUUUUAUUGAAGGGACACAGUGUGCAGUGAGAUGUCAGCGAUAAAAUCUAGAGGAGACUCAUGUUUGACCUAAUGGGCUAGAGUUCACAGAGCUCAUGUCCAUAAGUCAAGCUAUUAAAUACCAAUUAGCCAUAAUUAGUGGUACUGUACUGACACUUUCAGAUGAUGUUACUGUACUUACACAUACCUAGUACUUGCUGUAACAGCGUCUUUUAGCGUUUUUAGUCUCUUUCUGAAAAAAAAUUUUCAGGAACAUCUAUUAUGCACUUUUCCACCAUUUAGCCAUUUUUUUCCACAUUUGAAUUACAAUCUGGAUGAUUGUGUAUAUAUACUGUAUAUUGUAUAUAUAUAUCAAUAUAUUUUAUGGUUCCUUUAACAGCGAGUAGUACUUAUGGAGGACACCAGGACACCUUCAAGUAUUUGUGUGAUUAUGCAACAUUAGUUUAAAUUCAUAAAUAGUCAUGCCUAUAUUUUAUUAAGGCGAAUUAUAAUAACUUUAGUCAGGACAUUUUAAAAACUUUAUUUUGCAUGGACUGUUUAAGAAAUGGAGCUUAUUAUCUAUCUGUGCAGACGAUGGUUAAAGGGAUUCAUUUUGGGUGCUGUGUAUGUACUGUAGGCUUUGCUUAGAGGAACAUAUGCUGUGUCUCAAACUAAACUAUGCAAGGGGAGCAAGAAUCUGUGCUGUACGUACACAGGCUUUGCAAAUCAUUGGAACUGUUCUCCCAUUUUAGAAAUACAUCCAAAAUGUAGUUAGAUGAGAGAGGGAAUUUAAUUUUGGAAAUGGUUUGAUAGGCUUUUUUAUAACGGCAUGCACCACUGUCACUUCUGUUGUUGUGUACCUUCACAUUGUUGCUCUACAGAUUUUGUGGUUCACUUUGAGAUGGAGAAAAAACGGUUGCAGAUUUUUAUCUUUACAGUUUGAUUUGUCAUAGCUGGAAAAGCACAGGCCUGUAACUCCCCACGCUACCAGCACUGUAAUGUAGUGCACUCUCUAUUUGUGUUAAUAGUUAUGCCUGUGCUCUUUCUGCAAGAUAGGUAAAAAUCUAUAUAUUCAUAUUUAGUGUUUUAAAUUUUACACGUGGCAUAAUAUUGUAUUUUCUUUCUUACAUGCUGAAAAAGACAAGACAGGUUUACCUUUAUGAAAGUGUUUUGAUGUAUUAUUAUGUCACUGUGGGUUCGGAAGUGGCUUCUGUGAGUCAAGUGUUCAGCCUUAACUGAAAAAAAGCUCAUCAAACCUGAAACUGUUCCAUUUUCUGUUUUUCACAAGGUGCAAAUAAGUUGUUUUAAAUGUAAAAAGUGAAGUAAUGAAGCUCCAUUCAUUACAACAGAUGCUGGAUUCUCAGCAUUUCUUUCAUUCUGUAACAGUUACUAAAACACUGGAAAAAACACUUGACAAAUAAACUACAUCAAAGAAAAGUUCGCUUGAUUUGUGGUCUGUUGAUGAAUGACGAGACACGUUUAGUUGAGUCUUUGUUAAACCAACAUACUUGCAUUCAUUACAUUUAUACUACAAACAAGUAUAACAGCGUCUUUUGUGGCUUUGAGGAUUUUUGACAGUGCUAUUUCAGGAAAAUGCUAAACACAAUCUGCAUCAAGAGCUUCCUAUAAAAAAACACGCCUACAUCGAUUUCAAACAGCAGCAUUAUAAGCUGCUUUUUGUUGCAGGCAGAGUUUCCAUUUCCUGAGUAACCUGUGUCACUUGCAGAUGAAAGAGGUGUCGCUGAAAGAAUGGUUCAACCAAUCAGAUCAGAGCAGGUGUGACUUUAGUCUGAAAGCCACAGCUGAGGCCAGUUCUGCAGAUGAGCCCUCCACUUAAAACACUAAGAACGCAGCCUUGGUCGCUCCAGUCAUGGCUCUUCUAAAUCUUGUGUUAUUGGCUCUUUUAGCUGCAGUAGGCGUUCAAUCAGGGUUACCUCAUUACAUUCAAGGCAAGUGGGCUCUCCUUCAUGAGAAUCUACAGUCUGAAGCCGCUGAUGAACAGUCAGUAGCUGCAGUGGAGGACUACUGGCCUGAUGUUGAGCUAGAAAUGGUUCAUCUGGUUUCACUGAAGGACCAGAACGUCCAGACGACUCCAGAGCCAUAUGUCAUUAAAGACCAAGAUCAUGAAGGAGAAGACUCCACAGUGUGGAAAGUUGCCCUGGUGGCAGUCGUCCUGCUGGUGGCUGUACUGGGGUGUCUGAGCUUGGCCUACUACCUGUGUGUCUGGAGAGGGGGCAGGGUUCACUAUCAGCUUCAGAAACCUAAUCAUGCCUUCAUUUAAAUAAAUGCACUGUUUGAAAUUA